AACUACUCGACUCCUUCACUCUUAGAUAUCUCUCUCAAAGCCGACUCUAACAAAAGCUUCUCUCUGAAAAUUUUCCGUCAGUUUCUCGAGAAAUAACAUAAAGGAAAAAAAAAAAAAAAGAAGGAACCACUUCCUAUGGGCCGAAACUCGUCUCCUCUGAGACACGACGGCAAUGGCGACGAAGAUGGCAAAAAUAACACCAUUAACAACAACAGUGAUAACAACAACGAUCAAGGAUACUACUCGAUCCGUGAUCGAUUUCCUCUCAAAAGAAACCCUGCCCACACCAGGGACCGAACCAAACAGUCUUCUCUCCUCGACCGGCCUUUAGUCCGGACCCGUCCCCGGUUCAACCGGAAAGGAUUAUUGCUCUUUCCUUUUCGAGGCAUUUAUUUGUUCUAUUUUUUGAUAUUUUUUUCGGUUUUUGCCUUCGCUGUGGCGUCGAUGGUGAUGCAGAGUUCAAUUACAGCGAUGCUGUUUAAGCAAGGAGGAGAAAGGGGUUGGAAGAGGUCUGUUAGAGAAGGUAUGAGGUUCGGGAGCUCGUUGAAGUUUAUGCCGGUAGGGAUCUCACAGCGGCUCGCCGAAGGCGGCGGACUUGAUCGGAUGAGAUUGACUGAUAGGAUUGGCGUUCGUGGCCCAAGACUUGCUCUUAUUUUGGGGAAAAUGAAGAAAGACCCACAGUCAUUGAUGUUGGUUACUGUGGUAAAGAGUCUUCAGAGACUUGGCUAUGUAUUUAAGAUUUAUGCACUAGGAAAUGGCAAAGCACUUUCGACAUGGGAGCACAUAAGUGGUCAGAUUUCAUUCUUAGGUCCAGAGCAAUUUGGUCACAUUGACUGGUCAAUUUUUGAAGGUGUUAUUGCUGAUUCUCUUGAAGCAAAAGAAGCCAUCUCAAGCCUUAUGCAGGAGCCUUUUGAUACAAUACCACUUAUAUGGAUAAUUCAAGAAGAUACUCUCGCAAAACGUCUUCCUGUCUACGAGGAGAUGGGCUUGGAGCAUCUUGUUUCUAAUUGGAAAAGCUCUUUUACCAGGGCCAAUGUUAUUGUGUUCCCUGAUUUUACGCUACCGAUGUUAUAUAGCAAGCUAGACACUGGAAACUUCCUUGUAGUUCAUGGAUCGCCUGUGGAUGUGUGGGGUGCAGAAAGUUACAGUAAGUCCCAUGCAAAGCAUCAACUACGGAAGGACAAUGGAUUUAGUAUGGAUGAUAUGGUGGUUCUGAUUGUUGGAAGUUCUUUCUUCUAUGAUGAGUUAUCAUGGGACUAUGCUGUUGCAAUGCACACUAUCGGACCUCUCCUUAUGAGAUAUGCAAGGAGAAAUGAUGCAGGAGGGUCAUUUAAAUUUAUUUUCUUGAGUGGUAACUCCACUGAUGGAUAUAAUGAUGCUUUACAGCAAGCUGCAUCACGACUAGGACUUACUCAAGGCUCUGUUAGGCAUUAUGGCUUGGAUGAUGAUGCCAAUGGAGUUUUAUUAAUGGCUGACAUUGUUCUAUAUGGUUCCUCCCAAGAAGAACAGGGUUUUCCUCCAUUAAUUAUCCGGGCCAUGACCUUUGGAAUUCCUGUCAUCACACCUGAUUUUCCAAUCAUGAAAAAAUAUGUUGUUGAUGGAACCCAUGGUGUUUUUUUCCCAAAACAUCACCCUGAUGCUUUAUUGAGGGCUUUUUCGCUUUUGACUUCAAAUGGUAGACUUUCUAGAUUUGGUCAAACAGUUGCUUCUUCUGGAAGAUUGCUUGCUAAGAACAUUCUUGCAUCCGAAUGCAUAACUGGUUAUGCAAUCCUUCUGGAGAAUUUACUCAAUUUCCCAUCAGAUGUCUUGCUGCCGGCUCGUGUUUCUGAACUUCAGCAGGGAUCGUGGGAAUGGAAUCUUUUUAGGCAGGAAAUAGAACAAAGAAACAGUGAUAUUUCAGAAGAUCUUAGUGUUGUUUAUGCCCUUGAGGAGGAAUUCACCAAGCACAUCAUUGACAUCUCUGAGAAUCGGACUGAGAUUCAGGAUAUCCUUACUGAACAAGACCUGGAUAUCGUGACGGAAAUAGAGAACUUUGAAGAUUAUGAAAGACUUGAAUUGGAGGAGGUUAAUGAAAGAAUGGAGAGAAAUCCUGGUGUAUGGGAUGAGAUAUAUCGAAAUGCUCGGAGAUCUGAGAAACUGAAGUUUGAGGCAAAUGAAAGAGAUGAGGGAGAGCUAGAAAGGACAGGUCAACCUGUAUGCAUUUAUGAGAUCUAUGGUGGGGCUGGGGCCUGGCCAUUCUUGCACCACGGAUCUUUGUACCGUGGGCUAAGUCUUUCUAGAAGAGCAAGGAGGUUGAGAUCAGAUGAUGUGGAUGCAGUUGGCCGACUUCCACUUUUGAAUGAUACUUACUAUAGGGAUUUAUUGUGUGAAGUUGGAGGAAUGUUCUCUAUUGCAAAUAGGGUGGAUAACAUUCACAAGAGACCUUGGAUUGGUUUUCAAUCAUGGCAUGCUGCUGGUAGGAAGGUUUCGUUGUCAACAAAAGCUGAAAAAGUUCUAGAAGAAACAAUACAAGGAAGCAAAGGAGAUGUCAUGUACUUUUGGGCACACCUUGAUGUUGAUGGUGGAGGUGCAGGAAGCAAUGAUGCGCUCUCAUUUUGGUCAAUGUGUGAUGUGUUAAAUGCUGGACACUGCAGAACUGCUUUUGAAAACGCCUUCCGCAAGAUGUAUAUUUUGCCAUUAGAUAUGGAAGCUCUUCCUCCCAUGCCCAAAGAUGAUGGUCACUGGUCUGCCUUGCAUAGCUGGGUGAUGCCAACCACUUCCUUUUUGGAGUUUGUAAUGUUUUCACGGAUGUUUGUUGACUCUCUUGAUGCCUUGCAUACCAAUUCUAGUGGAGUCAAUACGUGUUUGUUGGGUUCCUCAGAUCCUGAGAAAAAGCACUGUUACUGUCGUGUAUUGGAACUUCUGGUCAAUGUCUGGGCUUACCAUAGUGGGCGGAGGAUGGUCUACAUUGAGCCACACUCAGGUUUGCUUGAAGAGCAACAUCCAGUUGAACAACGAAAAGAAUUUAUGUGGGCUAGAUAUUUUAACUUUACAUUAAUAAAGAGCAUGGAUGGAGAUCUGGCAGAGGCUGCAGAUGAUGAUGACCAGCCAAGGAAGAUGUGGUUGUGGCCAUUGACAGGAGAAGUGCAUUGGCAAGGAAUUUAUGAGAGGGAGAGGGAAGAAAGAUACAGGAUGAAGAUGGAGAAAAAGAGGAAAACUAAGGAGAAACUACUGGAAAGGAUGAAGAAUGGGUACAAGCAGAGAUCACUUGGAUUAUAGGAUAUCUAGAAGCUAAAUUAGAUGACCAUAGAACUCAGAAACACCAAACUCCUAACACAGCUAUUGCACCCUUUUUUUUUUUUCCUCAAACCAGGAAGCGGAAAAACUGCUGGCCGAGUUUCAUAUAACAGCACGAUUCCAGACGUUUGAUUCUUCUCAUUCAUUUUAUCAAGUAAAACUGCUUUCAAGGAGUGGAGGGGAGACAAGAAUAGCUUCCCAGUAUCAGUUCGCUAGUGAUUCAAGCCUUUUUACAGGGUUAGCUAAUGAGGCAUACUGCAUUCCAGCUUUUUGGUUAACACGACAAGGCAGAUAGAAAUUCUUUUUCAUCGUACAGAACAUUCAAUUCAGUAGAUAUAUUCCUUUCUUUUCUCUCUGUUUUUUUGGAGCUAGUACGCUAGUAGAUAUAUUUUUUCUUCAUUGUAUAUUUUUGUUUUUCUUGGGGGAGGGGGGGCGGAU